AUGUCGUUUUCGGAUUCUGAAUCGUCCUCUCAUGGCGCAGAGUACAAAUUCUUUCGUCAAAAAGGCCGUGAUCGUUUAUUAUAUGAAAUGUUGGGAUCAGCUAAAGCAGAUUCAAAAUCGUGGAAGGUGUUCAUCAUGGAUAAAGUUACAGUGAAAGUCAUGUCUCAUUCAUGUAAAAUGGCGGAUAUAACAGACCAAGGAGUUUCAUUGGUGGAAGACCUCUUCAGGAGAAGACAACCGUUACCUUCCAUGGAUGCUGUGUAUUUUAUCCAGCCAACAAAAGAAAAUGUUGUAAUGUUCUUGUCUGACAUGUCUGGACGGGAGCCUUUAUACAAGAAAGCAUUUGUAUUUUUCAGUUCACCUAUUCCAAAAGAGUUGGUUAAUCACAUCAAGAUGGAUUCAAGUGUGUUGCCUCGCAUAGCUGCUUUGAGAGAGAUGAAUCUGGAGUAUUUUCCUAUAGAUAGUCAGGCUUUUAUCACUGAUCAGGAUAGAGCAUUAGAGGAUCUCUAUGGUCAAAAUGCUGAGAAUUCUCGUAAAUUUGAGACUUGUUUAAACACAAUGGCAACUCGAAUUGCUACAGUGUUUGCUUCAUUGAAGGAGUACCCCUUCGUGCGUUAUCGUGCUGCCAAGGCUUCUGAUGCAUCUAUGACAGCAUUUCGUGAUUUUAUACCUACAAAGCUUGCUACUGCUGUUUGGAACUGUAUUGAAAAGUAUAAAUCUAUCCCUAACUUUCCAAAGACUGAAACAUGCGAGCUGCUCAUUUUAGAUAGAUCUGUUGACCAGAUUGCUCCUGUCAUACACGAAUGGACUUAUGAUGCUAUGUGCCACGAUUUACUGAAUAUGGACGGUAAUAAAUAUGUGUUUGAGGUUCCAAGCAAAACAGGUGGUAAACCUGAGAAAAAGGAGGUCCUUCUCGAAGAUAAUGAUCCAGUUUGGCUUGAGCUUCGCCACGCCCAUAUAGCAGAUGCUAGUGAAAAAUUGCAUGAUAGGAUGACAAACUUCGUAUCGAAGAACAAAGCUGCACAAAUUCAACAAAGCAGAGAUGGUGGUGAAUUAUCCACACGAGACAUGCAGAAAAUUGUUCAAUCUUUGCCACAAUACAGUGAACAAGUUGAUAAGCUCUCUCUCCAUGUAGAGAUUGCUGGAAAAAUUAACCAAAUAAUUAGAGACACUGGGCUUCGGGAACUUGGACAACUUGAGCAGGAUCUUGUUUUUGGAGAUGCUGGGGCAAAGGAUGUCAUCAACUUCUUAAGGACAAAGCAGGAAUCGACCCCUGAAAAUAAGUUACGGUUGUUGUUGAUUUAUGCUUGUGUCUAUCCUGAGAAGUUUGAGGAUGAUAAAGCAUCAAAGUUACGACAGUUGGCAAGGUUAUCACCUGAGGAUAUGAAGAUUAUUAAUAACAUGUGGUUGCUUGCUGGAUCAUCAAAUUCCAAAAAGAGUUCGACUGAUAGUUUCUCUCUUAAGUUUAAUGGCGGCCAGAAGACUAAGCAAGCAAGAAAAGAUCGGACUGGUGAGGAAGAAACAUGGCAACUGUUUCGAUUUUAUCCCAUGAUAGAGGAGCUUAUUGAAAAUAUUCACAAACAUGAUUUGCCAAAGAAUGAGUAUUCGUGUAUGAAUGAUCCAAAGCAAACUGCCCAGGAAGCCACCCCAGUCUUAUCAGUUAGGAAGAAAGCAGCUUCUGCUGCUCCUGCUCCUGAAAGGAAAACUCCUGCACAUUCAAUGAGAUCAAGACGAACUCCAUCUUGGGCAAAAGCUCAAUCUGACGAUGAAAGUUUUAGCAGUGAUUCACUUUUGAAGCAAGCACCUGAUAUUAGGAAGAUGGGACAACGUAUAUUUAUAUUUAUCAUUGGUGGGGCAACUCGAUCUGAGCUGCGUAUUUGUCACAAGCUUACAACAAAACUAAUGAGGGAAGUUGUCCUAGGUUCUACUAGUUUUGAUGAUCCCCCAGUACAUCUUACGAAGCUGAAGAUGCUAUCAGGAGAACACUAAACUUCGGUAGCAGAAUAUACUUUUUUGCUCAAUUGUCAGCAGAUGAAAAGGGAAAAAAAUGGAAAAGACUUAAUUAUAUUUCCGAAGAAUCAUGGCCUGGCAAGUAUAAAUAGCUGGAGAGCAGCUACGACCCGCAGUGGAUAUGAAUCAUAUGAUUCAUUUGGAGUCUCCUCUUAAAGUCUCAAAGCAUGGAAAGCUAAUUUUAUUCCAAUUGUUUUUUAGGGGGCAUCAGGAUGUCCCAUGGAAGUAAAUUAUAACCUUAUUGUAUACAACGGUAUAUUUAGAUCAUUUCAUCGUGUUUGG